CCCUCUGCCGCCAUAUUCAUGUAUCUCGCAAUCUGCAACUUCAGCACCUGGUACAGGUGCAACCAUAUCUUCUUCAGCGCCAAAGCCAUUCGUUCAAGAAUGUGCAGACUCAUCAUACGUUCCUUUGCCAAAGACUUUGAUCGCACACUAUCAGCUCUCGUAUAGGAAUUUCCAUCUCGGUGAUGAAUCUAACAAGAAAAUAUUCGCUGCCUCUGUCUAUGCGGGUGUUACCGGUGUUGGUAUCAAUCGCUUCUGCAUCUUGAUUCAUAAUGGACCGUCUGCCAAAGAUAAGGUGCUGGCAGCGGCUGGAGAACCGUACAAGUCCAACAGUACGGCCCUUCAAUUCAAGAGCCUCAUCAAUCUCUCUCCCGUAUUGAGUCAGGAGAAUAUUGUCAAGACUGGAGACUCUACGGUUGCUAUGGAAGACAUGUCAGCUCGGCUGUUGGAAGAUGGCCGUACUGUCACCUUUCCCUUCUCAAUCUUCACAGAGCGCAUCUCCACAGCCGACACCAAGGGCAAACAGGAGGACACCAACGGCGAUUUUCACCAGGAGCACUUUGAGUGGCGCAUGACAGCUAAAGACGAGAUACUCGAUAAGAAUUAUGCUCAUGAGUACAAACUCUUUCGACUUCAGCCUCCAGCCGCAAUUUGCAGUAGCGUAGCUUCAGACAAAGCUGUUGCUAUCACAUCGUUCAAGCGGUUAAUGAGCCUUACCAAACCUUUCAGGAUGAUGUUCGUCGACGUUGAAGCUCAAUACUGUCCCAAAGAGCGAUGGCGGCUCAUGGCAUUAAUCACGGCGCUGAGAAUAUGGCAACACGAGCAAACAAGCUUUUACUCCUCGAAUGCCAUGGUCGAAACGGCUAGCAAGUGUGUUUAGACACAGCCAGUAUGAGCACCAUGGCUCACGAUGUUCACUGGAUAUGGCUUUUCUUUUUGUGCGAACUUCCCUCGGGAUGACAGAUAACGAUCCUCGAAUUCAUUCAUGGCACCGCAACAUAACUGGACUCGGGCUGUAAAUGCCACUUCAACACACUCCUUCUCGCCAUGUCGCAAUCUGAAAGGGCUGCAAAAAUAGCAUGGAUCAGCACUUCACAUUGUUGCUACGACCGAAACCAUCUUUCAGUACAAGCCAUUCCGUACUGGCAACUGCAGCAUACGAACAGUUGACAGCUAUCAUAGAAAUAACACUCUUUUGAUGUAUUAUGCAAUCUCAGCCUAAGACUCCAGUGUUGGCCCACUGACCGAUAGCAGUUUGCCAUGGAGUAACUGAAGCACCGAGAACCUUGAGUUCAUUUUCAACAUCUUCCUCAAUUUGAACGGCUUGUUUGUUCUUUGUGUCGUAAGUAGAGUGAGCACCUUGAAGGAGCGUGACUCGAAAACCAGCUUCCAGAGCGCCCUUGCAAGUUUCCAGCACACAGCACUCGCUCUGUAUGCCAAACGCAACAAUGUGUUGAAUGCCCUUCGACCUGAGGAGACCAGCUAAAUCUGGAUUUGACUUGAACGUGUCUCCUAGGUACAGUUAGCAAUGAAUAAUGAAUGAAUGUGCAACAAUCUCACGUUGAUUCUUUGACACGAGUAAUUCUCUUGUAUUGUUUGGGUCGUUUUCGAAGACCAACUCCCAUGGUUUGCUACCCUUUACAAGAGGACCACUCUCAGGCGAUUCUUCAUGCUGAACAAAAACUAUGAUGGGUUUCGGAUCGGCAGCGAUACCUCUUGCAACCUCAAGUAUUUGUUCUCCGG